UUAUCAUAUUUAGCGCAAGAUACAAUUUUAUACGUGAAAUAUUGAAUAGAAUAACUUGUAUUAAAGCCUUUAAUAUAAAUACGCUACAUUAUAUUGCAAGUUUUAUUGAAUCAGAACUGUCUAUUUUCGUCAAGCAGAUUGGUCAUAGACCACUAAGUGAUAAGGCAGUGGCUAGGGUAUUGAUAUAAAGAUUUAUUGUAGGGUAUACAGAGGGUAUUUACAAAGAGCUAGGAGACUCUUUUUUUAUCGUUUAAAAUGGUAGAUGAUUUCAAUUAUUUGUUCUUGUAUUUUUCCCGUUGUUUUAAAAUUAAAUACAUAAUUAGUAAGUCACAGGAAGAAGUAUAAUUUCUUUAAUCCCAGGGAAAAAUACCAUGGCAAAUUAGACAGAUAGAUAGAUAGAUUUAUUCGUGUAAAUACCCCUAAAAGCGAAGACCGGCAUCACAUAUCCAGACAGCGCAACCAUGGACAACAUCCGCAAUGAGCAGUUUUGCUCCAUCUUCAAUAAAGAUGAAGACGCGGCAACCAUCCCAGACAUGGGACAAAGCCCUCGGCCACCAGUGGACUAUAUACAUUACUGUCAUCAAGGAAGGUGUCCAAAACUCCUGGCUGAGCUCUGGAACCACACAAGGCUUCAGGUCCAGACCAACUUGUGGCAAGGUUGUUGAAGGAACUUGCAUCGGAGCUUGCUCCCAUUUACACUAUGUCCUUCCAGGCUUUGCUGAACCAUGGCAUCAUACCAACUGAUCAGAAAUCUGCCAACAUAGUCCUGAACUUCAAGAAGGGUGACCAAAGCUAGCCAGAAAACUACAGACCUGUCUCCCUGACCUGCAUCACAUGUAAGGAAUAUCGACCACUUUUCAAAUAAAGUUUUGGGACUGUUUGAUGGCAUCAUGGUAGAUAUAAAAGGUGACAGUAAGAAGCUUCAUGAGAUGUCGAAAGAAGAGCUGGAUAAAUAUCAGCAUACACCGGAGACGGAACUUUCCCUCAUGGUGUGCCGAGCCAAGGACAGGAAUGAGUAUGCUCAACUAAAGGACUAUCUUCAGGCAUUGUCGGAGAGAGAUGCUAAAAGGAUCCAUGAUAGAGACACUGCAGGAAUGACAGCUCUACACUGUGCAGUUGCCUGCUCAUCUUUGCCAGCUGUUAUAUUAUUGUUGAAGUAUGGAGCUGUUGUAAAUGCUAAGGACAUGCUGGGAUUUACACCACUUUUCCUAGCUACAGGCCGUUACCCAAACACCGAUAUCGCUAGUCACCUGAUUACAGAGGGACAUGCUGAUGUUGGAGCCAGAACUAAUACUGGAGCUACAGCUUUACAUGGGGCAGCUCUACAGGGAAACCAUGAAUGUGUGCAACUGUUACUGAAGCAUGGUGCUGAUCCCCGAACAGAGGACAAUGAAGGUACCACAGCAUUUGAGCUGGCAAAGAAUGAGGACAUACGAUCUCUACUACAUGAUGCUGUCAUUGAAAUUGACAGCAAGAAGGAAACCUCAGAUGUUGUUUGUGCUCAAUGUAAGAAGCCAGCAGGUGAUUCGGGAGCACUGAAACGAUGUGGUCAAUGUCACGUGACAAUGUACUGUAGUAGAGAAUGUCAGGUAGCUCACUGGAAACAGGGAGACCACAAAAACAACUGUGAAGGUUAUGUGAUAGCUAAGCCAGUGGUGAUGAGUAAGAAUGGGCAGGAACAUUUCAUGACAAGCUUCUAUCAUGUGAUGGGCUCCCAGAAGAAAAAUGUGAAAAUAUUCAACCGGAAAUCUGGGGAGUCAGCGGACAGAAUGCAGUUUCUCAGGAACAAAAGGUUUAUUGUGAAGGUUCAAGUUCCAUUGAGUGGUUUUGGUAUGCAGGGUGGAGAUAUGAUGGUGUAUAAUGCUGACAGAACUUGUGAGGGAUUUAUAUAUACCACAGAGAAAGGUUAUAAACCUCUGGCAGCAAGGAUCAGAAAGGAAGGAUUCAAGGGAAUCAAAGCAUUUUUCUGGGCAGAACUGUGUGAGAAAGCUGAUGGUACAUUCAAGGUAUUCCCUGGUAAAACCGCUCCUUAUCAGGAUUGGUAGACAUACAUUGUACAUUCUACUAUAUCAGUAUUAUAGAAUUUCUUACUCGGUGAUUAUAGGCAAUGUGUAUAAAACAGGUUCUUGCCAUAUUACAAUGUUUAUGUUAUUGUUAUAUUGAAACUGUUGAUAUUUUUGUACAGUUCUCAAGCAUCAGGGCAAGUAAGCCUGAAAGUUUCUGGUAAAUUUGAAUGUAGACUUACUGACUGCCUACGUUAAGUUUGCCUUAGCUUUGUAUGUAGCAUCUUCUACAGAUAUUUUUGUUUUAUCUGUCUGUAGGAAUUCCUAAUAAGACAUUAAUUCCUUCUAGGUAUAAUGGCAAAGUUACCUGCAUUAUUGGCCAAGGGUUUUAGUCUAAAGUUAUGUCUGCCAUAAUGGCCUGUAGACACAUUACAGCUUUUGAUUAGAUACAUUGCUAUAUAAUGUAGGUCUCAGAAUGCAUGUGAAUAAGUUAUUGGCAUACUGUGCCUAUAUUAUUUGAGCAAGAAAGUUGAGUCAAAGUAUAUACCUAGUAGACUUAAUGUGGGACAGCAGUUAACAGUUCAAAAAAAAAAUAUAAUGCUGAUGUAGACAGAAUCCAAGGUUUUAUAAACUGAGUAUUGAUAUCAGUAUCAGAAUACAGCCAUGCCAUUGGUCAGUUUCAAAUUUAUGCUUAGAAACGACCAAUCAGAUGAUGCAGUUUGAGACUGGUCUCCAAUUUCAGUUUUAUAAUCUUUGGCCCUAGCUCAAUACCUUACAGGUGAUAGAUGGAAUUUACAUAGCUAAGUUUCAGGGCAUGAUAUAAAUGUGAAUUGUGUUUGUCUUUUUUUUGCUUCAAAGCUAGUUAUUUGUUUGGGUUGUAUAUGAAAUGCAGUUUCUUUGUUAGUUGCUAGUAUAAAUAUUUUUUCUUAAAGGUGCUAUUAGAAACAUCUGUUUUUGUUUUUCAUGUUUUAUUUUAGAUAUUAUGUAAGCAAUAGCUGUCAACAGUCAUUUUUACUGCAGUUGCAAUAUGGUGUAAAUAUUUUACAGAGGUGCUGUGAAUUUUUUUGUUCUGUUUAUUACCAUGUUGAAUCUCAUAUUUUGUGGACAUUUCCUGUCUAAUAAAUUCUUAUACAUGUAGUUGGGUGCAGGUGGAUGUAAAUAUCUUUCAGAAAGGUGCUGUUGAAUAUGUUUUGUAGCUCACCAGACCACAAUGUGUUCAAUCAAGCUAUUGUGAUAACAUUUUCCAUAAAUUGUUCGUCUUUCCAUCAUCCAUCCAUCAACAUUUUCUUCCAGAAGAGCUCUUAUUUGAUGAAACUUGGUCAUGAAGUUCCUUGAUUGCCAUCUUUCAAAAAUGUUCACUGGUAUGAUUUUCAAAUGAUUUCAUAGAAAUUUCCUUAUCAAGAUUGUUCAAAAUAUUGUGAUUAGUUAAAAAUAUGGUCACAAAGGGGUGUAGUCACUUUUCCCUAUAAUUUAAAUUUAUUUUUUUAUGGGUAUAGUAGAAACUUGGUCUGUUGCAUCCUGGGAAGGUCCUAUCUCAAAUAUGUUCAAAUGGUUCUGCUUGGUAAUUUAGUGGGUUGCCAGAGCUGAAAAGGAAAAAAACAAACAACUUCUUGCCUUGAACCACUUGAAGGAUCAUCACUAAACUUGGUCUGUACAGUGCUUGCAAAGACCUGUCUCAGAUUUAUUCAGAUGAUGCUGCUUCACUGGUUACUAGUAUAGGGGCCACCAGGGCUGAAAGUAUAAACACCAACUUCUCUUAAACAACUUGAAAGAUCAUCACCUAAAUUUGUGGGUAGCAUUCUUGUACCAUCUUCUCUCAGUUUUGUUCAAAUGGUUCCACUUGUUCCUUUUUGGGGCUGCCAGAGCUAAGUUGAGAAAACCUUUAAACAACAACUGCUAUUGAACCAAAUGAUGGAUCUUCUCCAAACUUGGUCUAUAAGCAUCCUUGUAUGGUCCACUCUUAGGAUUGUUCAAAUGGUUCAGAUAGGCCCCUUUUAGGAGCUGCCAGAGCUUAAUAUAGAAACACUAUAAACAACUUCUUAUGAACAAGUUGAUGGCUCUUCAUCAAACUUGGUCUGUAGCAUCUUUUUAAAACGACUUGUGAAAAUCUUAUGAAUGUGUAAUGUUUUUUGUGUCUGUGGUUCCUUGUGCUGUUAUGCAUUUAUUUAGAUAUUACCUGGUAGUGGUCAGCAACAGUCAAUGAUUUAUCUUUAGAUUUGUUUAAAAUGUAUUAAUUCCAAAUGUUAAAAUCUUGUCACUUACAUGUGUUAUAUCUUUAAGAGUUAGAUCUUACUUCCAAUCAGCUGAAGUUCUUUUUCCUAACGCAGAUUUUUGUUUAAACAUUGUGUGUCAUUAAAUGAUGUCAGAUAAAAACGACUUAGUUUUAAAACAUGUUUCAAAUUGCUAAAUCCUAUUUAUUUUUAAGAAUAGUAUAUUAAAUUGUUUUUACUGUAAAUUAGUUUUUUGUAAGAAGAGGAUAGAAAUUUUAGGAAUUUUAAAUUUGCGGAACAUUUUUCUGAUCAGUAUUAUAAGUUUUCUUAAAAUGUGAUAUUUGCAAACAGUCAUUAACUUUGAAUAAUUGAUUUUUGGUAAUUAUACCCCCACCAAACAUGUUUGAGGGGGAUAUAUAGGAGUCAGUUUUGUCGCGUCCCGUCCCGUCCCGUCGCGUCCCGUCGCGUCCCGAAAUCUAUUAUCUCAGUUAUUACCAAAUGGAUUUGAUUCAAACUUAAAAUACAUGUUCCACCUUAUCACCCACAUCAUGUGACACAAGGUGCAUAACUCUUGACAUCAAGUUUUCAUGAAUUAUGUCCCCUUUUACUUAGAAUUUAAGGUUAAUUUUGUUGUAUUUUCACUAUAUCUCAGUUAUUACUAAAUGGAUUUGAUUCAAACUUAAAAUAGAUGUUCCACCUCAUCACCCACAUCAUGUGACACAAGGUGCAUAACUCUGACACCAUUUUUUUAUGAAUUAUGCCCCUUUUUACUUAGAAUUUAAGGUUGAUUUUGAGGUAUUUUCACUAUAUCUCAGUUACUACUGAAUAGAUUUGAUUCAAACUUAAAAUAGAUGUUCCACCUCAUCACCCACAUCAUGUGCCCACAUCAUGUGACACAAGGUGCAUAACUCUGACACCAAGUUUUCAUGAAUUAUGUCCCCUUUUACUUAGAAUUUAAGGUUAAUUUUGUUGUAUUUUCACUAUAUUUCAGUUAUUACUAAAUGGAUUUGAUUAAAACUUAAAAUAGUUGUUCCACCUUAUCACCCUGAUGAUGUAACAUAAGGUGCUUAACUCUAACAUAAAUUUUUUAUGAAUUAUGUCCCCUUUUACUUUAAAUUUAAGGUUGAUUUUGAUGUAUUUUCACUAUAUCUCAAUUAUUACAA